GAAUGGCACCCCAAUGUGCCAGCAUGUCUUUGGAGUGUGGGAGGAAACUGGAGUACCUGGAGGAAACCCAUGCAGGCACAGGGAGAACAUGCAAACUCCAGGCAGGUGGUGCCAGGGUCAGGGGCGGACUGACAACUCAUGGGGCCCCCUGGCAAUAGGGGAUUAUGGAGCCCCUGUGUCCUUGCCCACACUCAAACCACACCCAAAAAAGCCUAUGAAAGGUACCAGGGACAUCUCAUGGGGCCCCCUACUGACCCCCGGCCCUCAGGCAGUGCCCGAGUUCCCCAAUGGUCAGUCUCUCCCUGGC